UAAAAUUAGGGCAGAAGGCAUGGCUAUGGCAGUGGCGACAUCCUGCUCAGUGAGAACACCGAUUGAGCAAUGGAGUUUCUCAAGAACAGUGUCUCGCCGCUCCUCACCUCCAACAUUCAAGAUUGCCAAGGGCCUGAGCAUUCGAUGCGCUCGCGUUGGCGGUGUGGAGAUCCCAAACAACAAGCGCAUCGAGUCGUCGCUGCAGUACAUCCACGGCGUGGGGCAGACGACCGCGCGCCAGAUCCUUCUCGACUGCGCCAUGGACAACAAGCGAACCAAGGAUCUCUCCGACGCGGAGCUCACCAAAAUCCGUGACGAGCUCGGCAAAUACAUGAUCGAGGGCGAUCUGAGGAGAUUUAACCAGCUCGCGAUCAAUCACUUGAUCGAGAUCCAGUGCUACCGGGGUAAGAGACACCAGGCCGGAUUGCCCGUGAGGGGCCAGAGAACCAAGAACAACGCAAGAACGCGCAAAGGAAAGAAGAAAGGUGCUGUAGCGGGCAAAAAGAAGGCUGGAAGAUAGAACUUUCAUUGUCUAUGAUCAAAAUCACAUCUCUCCUCGAAGAGAAAACACUUCUUUGGUGGUCACCACCAGAAAAGAAGCUUCUUGCUCGACUUCUACGUUUACAAGUCUCUGGAAUCUGGAAAACUUUCCAGCUUCGCAAAGGAAGAAGGAAACACUUACCUGGUGUUUUGUUUU